AUGGUUUGGGAUGGGGGCGGAGGUCGAGAUUUGCGGGAGAGCGCGCGAACUGCUGGAACUCGAGGAGGCCGGCAGCAAGACCCAGAACGCCGAGUCGUCGACUAUGAAGAGCGUUUGUGGGUUUUAAUUCCUCGAGGAUUGGAGGAACAAUCGGAAAUCGAGGCACAGGAGGCUGUUGAAGGAUUUGUUGACGUUGAAUGUCGUAAUCCAAAUAUAGACUUGGAGCGAUCCACACCAAUGAACGGCUCCUCGACCACAACAACAGCAACGGAGAGAGACAGCUGGAAUGCACUCACCAGGAGAGGCCACCGAUUCGAACGGUUGCAACUGAAAUGCGGGCGUCGACGAGAAGAAAUACAGACUGGCACAGGUGGAACAGGAGCGAGGGUGGGUAGAGAACGAGGAUGA